GAUCUAGAGUUGUCCAUGCCAAAGCUGUCGGCUUUCAUGUUGGAAAUCCAGAAGCUUCCCAAGAACUUGAAGGACGGUUCGUUCAAAUAUGUCAAGAUUCAUAUCAAAACCCAACAGGGCGUCAAAAACCUGACUCGCGAGGAAGCCACUCGUAUUGCUGGCGAGAAUCCCGAUUAUUAUAUUCAAGAUAUGUUUGAAGCCAUCGAAAGGAAGGAUUAUCCGGUCUGGAAUGUUUAUGUUCAAACUAUGGAUCCAUCUGAAGCUGAGACAUACCAUUGGAACAUAAUCGACAUGACAAAAGUCUGGCCACACAAAGAUUUCCCAUUGAGGCAGAUUGGAAAGCUAACCCUGAAUCGCAACGCAGCUUUUUCGCCAUCCACCAUGGUUCCCGGGUUCGCAGCUUCCGCUGAUCCAGUCCUUCAAGGUCGGUUGUUUGCUUACCCAGACGCAGCACGUUUUAGACUUGGCGUCAAUUACCAGCAGCGUCCCACAAAUGCAGCUAAAGUGUCAGUUUACUGCUCCUAUGAGAGAGAUGGCAAGAUGCGCUUUGACGAUAACUAUGGGGGGAGUGAAGUCUUCCAGGCUCCGGAGGGAGGUCUACGGUAUGUCUUUUUACUCCUCCCGAUACCUGAAUGGCAUGAUUCCGACUCUCUAUUAGCUUUAUUUGGCCGGGUGAAUCGUGAUCUUGGCGCGAUGGUCCAGAAAGCGACAGAAGAUGCUGUUAAACAAUCGACCUGA